UUCUCACUUUUCUGCACAAUUUCACUUUCUCUCUGCCCUUUUCUCUCAUUUCUGCAUCAAAACAAACCCUAAAACCCCAUCCUUUCUCGCCGGAGACUAAAUUUUCCGGCGACAAAGCUCCGAUUACGACCCGAUCGGGAUCUAUCUCCGGCGGCCAUUUCCACCGGAGAAAAAUAGAGAAGAAAAAUGUACAAGAACCAGCUGCAGGAGCUGGCGCAGCGGAGUUGCUUCAACCUGCCGUCGUACACGUGCAUUCGGGAAGGUCCCGAUCACGCUCCGAGGUUUAAGGCGACGGUGAACUUUAACGGCGAGACCUUCGAGAGCCCUCACUACUGCUCAACGCUACGCCAGGCUGAGCACUCCGCCGCCGAGGUCGCACUCAACUCCCUCUCUCACCGUGGCCCCUCUCACUCCCUAGCCGCUAAGAUCCUCGAUGAAACUGGAGUAUACAAGAACCUCUUACAGGAAAUUGCACAAAGGGUAGGGGCACCAUUGCCUCUGUACACAACAUACAGGUCAGGCUUAGGACAUCUACCUGUUUUUACUGGGAUGGUAGAAUUGGCUGGAAUUACAUUUACUGGUGAACCAGCCAAGAAUAAGAAACAAGCUGAGAAAAAUGCAGCAAUGGCGGCUUGGUCAUCUCUUAAACAAUUGGCAAAAGAAACUGCAAGCUCUUCAAAUGAACCAGAGAUCAAUGAUGAACUUGAACAGAUCACAAUAGCACGGGCUUUACUGAAUUACCGCCAGAAGGAAAAAAUGGCAGUGUCAAAUCCAAAUGCUUUAAUGCCGUUCCAAAAGAAAUUUCAUAUUCAACAUCCCAGGGCAUCCAGUCCACAACCUCUACCUGCAACUACAUCAAAGAUCCUUCCCUUAAUUUGCCUAAAGACAGCACCUCGAAAUAAGCCCUCAUUGGCAACCGCAAACGAAGGACCUCGAAGCAGGCAUCUUUUAACAGCUAGUGACAGUUCCCUGUUACCACCACAAUCUUCUGCACUAGAAAGCCGAGUUGCCCGUCCCAUAAAGUUCCCUGCAGCAGGAGCAGCACCAUAUGUUCCCCUUCGACAUAUGAGAUCAUCAUGCCAUGGAAUUGCUCCUGCAGUGAAUAUACGGUCCGUAGUACCUGUCUAUGCUGCACCACCUCUUCCACCACCCGGCACAGUGCCCCAGCAGGUUAUAAGGGCUUCUACUGUACAACUUGCUCCUCCGGUCACUAUUAGGCAAGCUAUUCCAGUAUAUGCUGCUCCGCCAAUAAGUAAAGAUGAACCUGCUCCCGUUCAGAAGCAAAACCCCCUUACCCCGGUUAAAGAAGAAAAAUUGCCACCUAAAAUUAAAGAGACGGAUGCCAAGUUUGAGAAUGCAUUAGCAGAAUCACGGACAGCACAAAUCUUGGAGCAGCUGAAAAUUUGAAAUAUAUAGAAUUCAGCAUCCAUGGGAAUGUAGCCAACUUGUCAUAGUUUUGUGCUGAUCUAGAAUUUGCUUCUCAUCUUAUAAUGAGUGAUGUUAAAUCAUCCCUUCCAUUUUCCUUCUCUACCCCCAUUUUGUCCUGUUAAACGCAACAAUUGGUCGGGUUAAUUAGCACUAGCAGCCCAAUAUAUGUGAAAAUUUAAGAGCAGUUUGGCAUGUCAUUUGCUCUCUCCGCUUUUUUCUUUCCAUUUUUUUCCCUUUUUUUUUAAAUGUAUGUCAUUUCUUAGUAUUCCUUGUCAGCAAGUCUGCCAGUUCGAUCAUCUUGCAUUGUUCUUGCGAAUGGUCUUUUCUACUCCUGCAUGUGGAAUUCCCUGACCAACAUUGCAAAUACCGUUUCAGAUCAGAGAUUGAGUCUCUGCCAGUGGAGGAAAUGAAAAAGGUUGUGUUUGAAGCCAGAAGCCUUACUCGUUGAGGCUUGCAGAUCACAUUAGGAAAAAGGAUCUAUCAUAGAUCAUUUAUUAGGUUUUCUAGGUUCCCCCUGGACUCCAUGGUGGUUAUCUAUACUUGUUAUUCAUGUUAUAUAAUCGAGCUACAUCAGGAGAAUCUGAUUCUUCAGCAAGUUACUUU